GAUGGCGGCCCGGGUGCCCGGAGAGCCCGGGGACCCCGUGGCGGCCGCCCUGGACGACCUCGCCCGCAAUUUCACGUACGGGGGUCCGGCGGCCGCCAACGGGUCCCUGUCGCGCGCGUGGUACCGCAGUCACCAGGGUCACCUCUUUGGAGUCUUGCUGGCCAUCUUAGGACAUGUGGUGAUCAGCAUUUCGCUCAAUAUUCAGAAAAUCUCGUACGUGCAGUUGGCGCAGGAGUCCCGGCCCCACUUCCGGAACGCUCUGUGGUGGGCUGGUACCACAUUCCUGGCCCUGGGUGAGGUGGGCAACUUUGCUGCCUAUGGCCUGGCACCCAUCACCCUCAUCGCCCCACUCGGCUGCGUUUCAGUUUCAGGCAGUGCCAUUAUUUCUGUUAUAUUUCUGAGAGAAAACUUGAGAGCCUCUGAUCUAUUGGGUAUAACACUGGCAUUUGCAGGCACGUAUUUACUGGUGAACUUUGCCCCCUGCGCCCCACAGACGGUCACUGCAAGGACCAUCCAGUAUUACUUCGUUGGCUGGAAGUUCAUGGUCUAUGUGAUCUUAGAAAUCCUGGUGUUCUGCAUUCUGCUCUACUUUCAUAAAAGGAAGGGACUGAAGCACAUGGCGAUACUGCUGUCACUUGUGUCCCUGCUAGCCUCCCUGACGGUGAUUGCUGCCCGUGCCAUCUCAGGCAUGCUCACUGCUUCCGUGGCGGACCCGACGCAGCUGACCUACCCCAUCUUCUACGUCAUGAUCGUCAUCAUGAUCGCCUCCUGCAUCUGCCAAGUCAAGUUCCUCGGUCAAGCCACGGCACUGUACAGCACGGCUGCCGUGGUGCCUGCGAACCACGUCUUCUUCACCAUCAGCGCCAUCAUGGCAGGCAUCAUAUUUUAUCAAGAAUUCCUCGGUGCAACAUUUCUCACUGUAUUUAUCUACCUUUUUGGAUGUCUCCUGUCAUUCCUUGGUGUGGUUUUGGUCACAAGGAUCCGAGAAAAGGAACAGCUUCCCCAGCCUUACAUCGACUUUGGAAAUAUUCCUGGGAAACAGAGACUGGACACGAUACAGCCAGACACCAAUGGUGCAGCUUCUGGCCCACAGCCUGAGGGGAAUGUUGCAGCCAGGAGCCCCCACGGGGAGAAGAAGGAGGCAUAGGCCUCCUCACAGCCUGCACCCACCCACCCACCCACAGCACUGGAAGUCAAAUGCUUCCCGGCUGCACCUAAGCAUCUCAUGGGCCCCUGAAUACCGAGCCAGGGAUCACACCCCACCCCCAUUGCCACUCCAAAGAAAGAUCAUUUAAAGACCAUCCUUGGUGAUACACUCAGCAGCGCUGUCAUCGGGCACUAGACAGCCCUGUGGGAGGGACAGUCAGGCCUGGAAAUGGACCCCAGGCCCCUCUGUCUCCUAGUCAUAUCCCACUACUCACUGAGGUGGGCUUCCCAGAGAAAAUGGCUGUACCCCUGCCUGGCUUUGGCAUGCUGAGCAGCCACACACUCUCUGGAUCCCACCUGGCCCAGUUUAGGGGAAGCCAGCCUCUGCCCCAGCAGAAGGGAUGGGACAGGGAGCUAAUGGUUUGCUCUGACUCCUGCCACUCUCGAUGGUCAGCUGGACGGAUGCACCAACAGAAGGUCAGGCACACAGAAACAAGCAUAUCCAGUACCCAGAACCAACAAACACUGGCACCAGGACCACCAAACGCUCUGCCCAGCCAGUAGGACGCCUUUCCUGGAUGCCUGAUGGCAAGGAACUGGGGUGCUAAGUGGGUACAUGGUGGCGCAAGAUGUGCUGUACUUCAUCCUGUGGCCUGAGAUCCCCUGAACUGUUCCUUGCACUCCUCUCCCUACUCGUGCGAAUAAGAACAUGGAUGCACUGUC